AUGGCUAUCUCGGCCCAGAGACGCAGCAGGAACUUGUUCGCAAGAUGUACCAAAAACCUCACGACUGCCCUGCAAACCCUCUCCUUACACACGCGCGACGACCCAACAGCAUCCACGACGGCCCCAAACCAAUACCAAAGCACGAAUCCCAACGACCCCGCUCUCCACUCCAUUGCCCUUCCACCCGAGAUAAUUGACUACGUCGAUGCGGCGCGGAACCCGGACAUCUACACGCGCGAGUUCGUCGAGCUCGUGCAGCGCGGAAACCAGGAUCUCAAGGGGAAAAAGGAGGCCUUUGCAGACUUCCGGGAUGUGCUUGCGCGGGAGAUGAGGAGUGCGAUGCCGGAGCUGAGAGGGGAGGUCGAUAAGGUUAUCCAAGCUACGGGGGGUAAAAAGCAGAGUGAGCGGGAGCGGGGAUGAACCUGAUGGAGUUUGGAAUUCGAUUGACCUGGGCUUCAGAUAAAAUGGAACGGCAUGCCAUGAGGGGCUUAGAUUACGAAACGACACGAACGGAAUGGAAUAAUGGAUGAAUCGUGACUGAAGGGCUGGACUGGGCUCGAAGAUCUGUUUCUCUAUUUAGAAGCGGCAGGCACGGAGUUUCGGACGGGUAUCGGUAUUCAAUUCUGUUCUUCAGGGGAGGACAGCGGGCUCAUCCAGGCUGGGGGUGGGGGUACUUUCUGCAGUUCUGGCGUCUGGAGUUCUGGAUUUCGACAGUGGAAGCAUUGUUUUUGCCUGGACUACUUCGGAACAACGUACUGGA